ACGCAAUAAUUAUAACUACGACGGCCACGUAGCACGAGCCAAGUUUUCAAAAACUUAGUCUCCCGAUAAAAUCAUACAAUAAUAACGAAUGUAAUUGUAAUUGUAAUUACCGAAAAAAAUCUUUAUUUAAAUUAYCACUGUUGCACAAAACGCGUUUCUAUAGCGUCGAUAUUAAAAUAUUAUUAUGUCGCAUCGUACACAUCUAGACGUUAGCCGCGGGUUUUUUUCGUCUGAAUUAAAAAUAAUAUUAUAAUAUCUCCAUCGUCGACCGGGGUAGAUACGAACACGAAUUUAUUAUAUAAUUGCAAAUAAGCAAACGCUUAAAUUGCCAACACCCGACAACGGAAAACACCAACUGGCCCGUCAAUUCCACCACACUACAGAAACUAACGAUAGACUUUGUACCUACCUACGGCUUUAAUUUUUGUCGAAUACCUACGACGAUGGAUAGAAAUAACAGAAUAAUAUACAACUUCGGUCCUGACGGCCGCGACGCGUGUUGGGCCGCGUUGUCAAAUUCAUGGAGCCGUUGUUCRAACCAGCAAGACCUUAACACAGUGAAAGUCUCGUGUGAUAGUUCAUCGUCGAAUGAUGUCGAAGCACAGUCCAAAGUUAUAUCAAGAUCAUUUCAUUCGAGGUCAGUCAAUUUAUGUAGGCCAACCAAAAAAACUAGCAUUUCAUCUCCGCGGCCACCACCACUACCAUCGUCUUCACCAAUUACUCUCAAACGCAAAUCAUUUAGACAAUUAGACGUACAACAACAACCGAUAUUGGCUAAGAGUCACCUAUCCAGUUCAGUGGAAGUUAUGAAGCAAGUGRUUUUGGAACCACCUUCAAUUAAUGAUCAGUGCAACUGCAGCCAGUCCGGGUAUUCAGAACUGUCCAUCGUCAAUAGUUUCACGAGCAACAAUAAUAACAACAACGAUAAUGACAAAAACAACCAGAAGUUUGGGAUGUUGGAAACGAAUGACGUCAACCAUAAGCAGCAGCAACUGAUGUGCGUGACUGACUCUGGAUUUUCAACAGACAUUACGAAACUGGCCACUGUCUAUGCUGAAAAGCCAGAACUCGAACUACAGAACGAAUUUUGUGAUCACAUUUUAUCUGGAUCUCCUCCACCAAAUCCAUCCACUCCCAACAAGCAGCCAACCGAAAGUGCACUUCAUAUCGAAGGUGAAAAAGUGUCAUCCAUAUCUGGUCAAUUGGUUCUGUUCACUACUAACAAGCAGUCAUUUGAGAAUGAACAACAGAUCGAAGAUGAUGUAAAAGUUUCAUCCAUUUCUGGUCCAUUGGUUCUGUUCACGGCCAAAAAGCAGCCAUUUGAGAUUGAACAACAGAUUGAAGAUGAUAAACAAGUUUCAUCCGUGACUCUAUCCAAUGUGAUCGAACAGCAAAUCGAGAGUAUACAGCAGAUAGAAGAUGACAAAAUUUCAUCCAUGUCUUGUCCAAAGUCUCUGGCUAAUACCGUUGAACAGCAAAUCGAAAGUGUACAGCAGAUGAAUGAUGAAAAUUUUGCAUCCAUUUCCUGUCCACCAAUUCUGCCCAUUGCCACCGAUCAGCAAAUUGAAGAUGGAAACAUUUCAUCUGAGUCCAGCCCGUUGACUAUGUCUACUGCCAUUGAACAGAAAAUUGAGAAUGAACAACAGAUCGAAAGCAACCGGGUCUUAUCUAUGCCCAGUCUACUGUCUCUGUCCAUUGCCAUUGAACAGCCCGUGCCUACCAAAAACUCAGUGAUGACGGAAGUUGUCGUGACCAGUCACGAUAAAUUUUCACCGGUGUUAUCACCACAGUUUCCAAUUUCGUCAUCCGCUGACGUCGAAAAUUCGAUAAUCCUUAAAGUUAUCUCACCAUCGCCGAAGCCAAACUCCAAAUAUCAAGAUGAGUGUCCGGUUCAAUCAAAUACAGGAAUGAUGAUGCUCACAGAAAAACCCACAUUGUCCAAAUACGAGAUGAAGAUUAAAGAAAUAGACAACAACAUAAUUUCRUUCUCGAAAUCGAUCCUGGGCACGGUGCUAGUCGUUGUGCUCCUUCGCAUCUUGUUUUGAUAUAAUCCACAUUUAACCAUCGUUUUAUAAGAUUUCUAUGUCAUCCAUUUAUGUAUUAUAAUAUUACUUACGUACGAGUAAAGUUUUCCACAAACUGGUUAAUCCAAGGGACUAUCAAUUUUCAGACGCACUCGUCCUAAUUUAAACGGAUGCUUUUGAAAAUCAAUCGUCUCUAUGGACCCUCGGUAAACGUUACUCGUUCAUGUCGGGUGAUGAUAACAUUAAUUAACUUUUCAUCCUAGGAAUCAAAAUUCUUUAUACAUAUCUAAAUCGGUGUGAUUUUUUUUGUUUUUUCAACUACCGAAUGAUGAUUUAUAUAUUGCUGUUUAGUUUAUGCCAUAAUAUUUGUUAUACUUCAUAUAGUUUACACAAUAAUUAUUAUUAUCACUAAGCCUUAUUGCUACCCACUUAAUAUUCAACCAAAUAAAUUAUUUUUAUCGACACUGCAGCCAAUUUAGGUUAAAUUAUCAAAUUGAUUUAUCAUCACUUCCUUACCUAUUAUUAUUWUUAUUAUAGUCCGUUCACGUGCACUAGCACUGUGUGUAUUAUUUAUUUACUAUAUUUUUUAUUACGCGAGUUAUUUUUAUUUUAUUUGAAUUAUUAUACCAUAUUUGAUAAAUUAUCAUUAUAAUUGAAAAUCGAUUCUUUGUCAUAAGUACGUGUAUUGCAUAUAAAUGUUAUAAGUACAGGAUAUCAGUUUUAAAAACAAAAAAAAUCUUUACCGAGUGUAUUAUAUGUUCGUUGUUAAUUUUUUUUUUGUAGUUAAUUUAAGUGUUUCCCUGUAUGUAUAGCGUGAGCUUAAAAAAUAAUUUACCAAUAAACCAUUAUUGUGUUACAUAUUAUACUAUUUAUGUUUAUUCUAGAUACUAUUUAUUUG